CCGGCCGCCGGGGGCGGGGGCCCAGCCGCGGUUACCGCGGGGACUGGACGGGGGCGGACGCGGAAGUGCGGACGGCGACGGCGAACGGGGCGCGCGGCGCGGCCAUGGGGGGCUCGGGCAGCCGCCUGUCGAAGGAGCUGCUGGCCGAAUACCAGGACCUGACGUUCCUGACCAAGCAGGAGAUCGUGCUGGCCCACCGGCGCUUCUGCGAGCUGCUGCCCCAGGAGAGCCGCGGCGGGCAAGAGUCGCUGCGGGUUCGAGUGUCGCUGGAGCAGAUCCUCAGCCUCCCGGAGCUCAAGGGCUCUGUCACCCAGGCCAACCCCUUCAAGGAGCGCAUCUGCAGGGUCUUCUCCACGGCCCCUGACCGGGACAGCCUGAGCUUUGAGGACUUCCUGGACCUCCUUAGCGUGUUCAGCGACACAGCAACCCCAGACAUCAAGUCCCACUAUGCCUUCCGCAUCUUCGACUUCGAUGACGAUGGAACACUGAACAGGGAGGACCUGAGCUGUCUGGUGAACUGCCUCACGGGAGAAGGCGAGGACACACAGCUCAGUGCCUCCGAGAUGAAGCAGCUUAUUGACAAUAUCUUGGAAGAGUCUGAUAUCGACAGGGACGGGACCAUCAACCUCUCUGAGUUCCAGCACGUCAUCUCGCGUUCACCAGACUUUGCCAGCUCCUUUAAGAUUGUCCUGUGACGGGAGCUGCCCAGCUGUCAGGGAGCCUUCACACUGUGGGAGCUGCAGCUGGGGUUCUGCCUGGCGUCCGGGCCGGCCAUGCUGGCCCAGUCUGGGGCUGGCGCUGUGCAGUCUUGGCUCUAGGUAGGGCAGAAGGCCUCUGUGGCAGGGCCUCCCCACUUCUCACUUCUACCGUUAGUGUUCUGUUUGGUUCUACUAAUUGGUAAUAAAAAAAAAAACUUUUAGAAAUUUA